GCCGUGAGUUUGUGCCGCUGAGCCACAGACUGUAUAUGCGCUGAUCACGGUAAAGCUGCUGGAGUUUGGACCGCGAGCAGCCCGAGAGACAACCUGUUGGCGUCCACAGUCCACGGCCACACUUCUCACCUCGCUGCCAAACUCAAAGGAAUGGACUAUUAACGCAAUCUGAAGACACCCUCCACUUAUAUUUCAAAGCGAGCCGUCUGAAGCGCACCGACCUCCACAGCAGCCAUGGGCAAACAGAACAGCAAACUGCGUCCAGACGUGAUGCAGGACCUGGUGGAGAACACAGACUUCACCGAGCACGAGAUCACAGAGUGGUACAAGGGCUUCCUGCGGGACUGUCCCAGCGGCUCCCUCACGCUUGAGGAGUUCAAGAAGAUCUACGCAAACUUCUUCCCCUACGGCGACGCUUCCAAGUUUGCCGAGCACGUCUUUCGCACUUUCGAUGCCAACGGAGACGGCACCAUCGACUUCAGGGAGUUCAUCAUCGCCCUGAGCGUCACGUCUCGCGGCCGGCUGGACCAGAAACUGAAAUGGGCCUUCAGCAUGUACGACCUUGACGGCAACGGGUACAUUAGCAAGGCGGAGAUGCUGGAGAUUGUAACUGCAAUCUAUAAAAUGGUGUCUUCUGUGAUGAAAAUGCCUGAGGACGAGUCGACACCAGAGAAACGCACAGACAAGAUCUUCAGACAAAUGGACACAAAUAGAGAUGGUAAAUUAUCGCUGGAGGAAUUUGUGGAAGGCGCUAAGAAUGACCCCUCAAUCGUCAGACUUCUCCAGUGCGACCCAAGCAGCGCAGGGCAGUAGACUCCUGGACUUUUUAACAUUUUAAUUAUUAGACUCAAACCAAUCCUUCCUCAUUGACCCGUUCCACUGUUUUUGAAUCGAUCGGCUGAGGUUCUAGAGGCACAUGAAGCCAUACUUGCUUAUAUCCAUACACCGUUGUAAAUAGUCGUAAACCAAAGCGUUGAUAGUACUUGUGGUUUCCAUGUGUCUCUACGGCUGAUCAAAAUAAAGGGUCUAAAAUGGUACAAGACUCAAGGAUAAUCCAACGUAUCCUCAAGAUCACCUCACGGCGGAGAGGAAUCCAAGUCUGAAGUUUGUUUUUAUUUAAUUUUUUUAUUUUCAAAGCAUUUUCCUGAAGGGGAAUCCUGCUGGUAUAACUUGGGUUGACGGACUGAGAAGUAUUUUGCAUCUGAGAGAAAAAAAAAGGAAACACUGGAUAGAAGUUGUAUGCUGUACUUACAAAUGGGAAAUGUAGUUUUUAAAUAAUAGAAGGAUUUUAGAAGGGACAUUGUGUAUUUUGGAGGAGUAUGUUACGAUAAACCAAAACUGACUGAAUAUUUUAAAUGAAGGGGGGACUUUUUUGUCAACAAAGUUAUUGGAGAAGUGACUUUUGUGUCAAGUUUUGAGAUGUUACGAACACGCACAGAAACAAUCAAUUUGAAGAUAUAUGCAUAAACCAGACUGUGUUCUAUUUGUUCAGCUAAUGUUAAAACUAAAGUAUAAACAAAAGUUAGAUCUUUGAAUACUUAAUAUAGGACAAUAUACUCUUUACUUUGAGAUGACGUGGCGAUUGGCUGCAUUUCACUUUUCACUUAUUUGAAUGUGAACAUUUUAUUUUCUUUUACUUGACAAAUGUAAUAUGUGUACAGUAUAUUCAAACAAUAAUGCUAGAGAGAGCGUUGAAAGGAGAGGACCACUUGCAUCGCUAAUGAAUCUGCUUUGAAUAACUGCUGCUACUUUUAGAUAGUUUUUUUUCCCCAUUUUUGACGAGAAGGAAAUAGCUACACGGCUUGACAUGAGCUGCCACCCUGAGAUUAAAUUUCUCAUAAACUCAAAAAUAGGAGAUAUUCAGUUUCACCUCUAAACAGUUUUGCAUAAUUUCUUUUCUUAACAGUAGUUCUCAAACUUAAAACUAAAAAUAUUUGGCUUUUUAAGUACGUCUUGGGACCAUCAAAAAGAUUUCACUCAGCAAAGAUUAAAAAAAAGCUACACAAGGUCUAAACCAAGUGUAAACCAAGUGUAAACCAAGUGUAAACCAAGUGUAAACCAAGUGUAAACCAAGUGUAAACCAAGUGUGAACCAAGUGUGAACCAAGUGUGAACCAGGUCUGAACCAGGUCUGAACCAUUGCAUAAUCACAGUAAACUUCCACGGAUACCAAUCCCAAAUUCUGAGAACUACAGUUUUGCAUAAUGUCUUUUCUUAACAGUAGUUUUCAAACUUAAAAUUAAAAAUAUUUGGCUUUUUAAGUACAGCUUGGGACCAUCAAAAAGAUUUCAC